AGUGACAUUAAAGAUAACCUAAAAAAUCGGAAUCUGAAUCUGAAUCUGAUUUUAAAAAUAAACUCUGUGAAUAUUUUAAAUUAAUUUUUGAUGUAAAUAUUGAAUAAAUAGCUACUCAUCAUGACGAUCGUUGAAUAUAUGGCCUCAUUAGCCCAAAACCCUUAUUUUGGGGCUGGUUUUGGGUUGUUUGGGGUGGGUGCCGGUGCAGCGAUAUUACGCAAAGGGUUUCAGACAUCUGUAUUGUUAUUCAGGAGGCAUUGCAUGAUUACUUUAGAAGUCCCAUGUCGGGACAAGUCUUAUCAAUGGCUGUUACAGUGGAUCACUCAAAAAGGUGCCAGGAAAACUCAACAUUUGAGUGUGGAGACUUCCUUCCUUCAAAAGGACACUGGACAGAUAAAAACUAAAUACGAUUUUAUUCCCAGCGUUGGACAACACUUUUUUCGGUAUCGUGGGGCUUGGAUUCGUGUAGAUCGCACUAGGGAGCAACAUACACUUGACUUACACAUGGGUGUACCCUGGGAAACAGUCACAUUAACAUCUUUUGGAAGAAAUAAACAACUAUACUAUGACAUCCUGGAAGAAGCUAGGACAAUGGCUUUGAAACAACAUGAAGGCAUGACAAUUAUGUACACGGCAAUGGGAUCUGAAUGGCGACCGUUUGGUCACCCGAGGCGGCGGCGCCCUCUACACAGUGUGGUCCUACGUAGUGGAUUAGCGGAUAAAAUUUUGGAAGACUGCUUGGACUUCAUCAAUAAUCCUCAAUGGUAUACUGACCGAGGAAUUCCAUACAGGAGAGGUUACUUACUCCAUGGUCCUCCUGGCUGUGGAAAGUCAUCCUUCAUCACGGCACUAGCUGGUGAAUUGGAGUACAGCAUCUGUGUUCUCAACUUAUCAGAAAGAGGCCUAACUGACGAUAGGCUAAAUCACUUACUAAGUGUUGCACCACAACAAUCCAUAAUUCUUCUAGAAGACAUUGAUGCUGCAUUUGUGUCACGAGAGGACACGCCGACACAGAAGGCAGCAUAUGAAGGCCUCAACCGGGUGACGUUUAGUGGACUCCUCAACUGUUUAGAUGGGGUGGCGUCUACUGAAGCGCGAAUAGUAUUCAUGACUACAAACUAUCUAGAAAGGUUAGACCCAGCAUUGAUCAGGCCAGGACGAGUGGACAUGAAAGAAUUCGUAGGCUAUUGUGACCAAGAGCAAAUCGAACUGAUGUUCUUGAGGUUUUACAAAGGAGAGCAAGCCCCAGAACACGCGAGAACUUUCGCUAGAAAGGUGCUUGAGAAGAACAAAGCAGUCAGUCCAGCACAAAUACAAGGAUACUUCAUGUUCCACAAACACUCGCCCCCAGAAGAAGUGGUUUCAGACGUUCAAACUAUAUGGACACUUGGAUAAUAUAUUACUGUGAUAAAACCAAAGUACGUUAUUUACUUAAUUAGGGAUAUAAAUUAAUAAAACUUUAAUUACAAAAUAAACAAUUUAUUAAGUCUUCUAUAUUGUUAUCAUAAUAAUAACCUAAUUCUUACAAAUAAAAUAAUAGUACCUUCUUAACUUCUGUAACAAAGUUACACAAAAUGUACAUCUGGUUUAACCGAAAAUGUUAAUAAAUUAUGUACAUGAAAGAUAUUCUGUUUAUUGAAAAUUGUUCAUGGUUCUUACACACAUACCUAUAGGCAAAAUUAAAUCUAAGGUAAAAAAAUUGUAAAGAAAAUAAUCUUAUAAUUUGGAAAGGUCUUAAAUAUGCUGUUUAAUAAUAAGUGCGAGCAAUCAAUGAAUCGUUUUAAAUAAGCAGAACCGCGAUUUAAGGUUAAAAGAGAGCUUGCCUAUUUUACUAAAUCGCCCUGUAUGAGAUUCGGGGUGGCGCUGUCUGGCCGACAAAAUAUUUAUGAACCAUGCUAAUCACGCGUGUUUCGCAACACAAAGUACGUUUUGUUUUGCUACGAGUAACAACCGGUGCAAGACUAUCGACGAGACAGUAGAGCUUUAAUUUGAUGACAAUGACAAGAAUAAAUACGCGAUAAAAUUAUUAUUAUCUGGAAAGAACUUCUAUAAACAGUUUACAUCAUAAAACAUUAUAAUGUACCUAAUGAAUAUAUGAAAAAUACACUACAUAAUUUUUUAAUACAACAAAUUAACAUAACACUAUAAUAUCACGUGAACGCUUAACUUAAAAUAGCGCCUACUCAGUAAUUUAUAUGAAAAACACACAUAUUUACAAUAAAAUUGCUGUUGAAUAUUAAAUGUUGAAUUCGGUUAAACAAAUACAAAUUUCAGAAUCCUAUGAACAUAUUAAAUAUGUAUUACAAUUAUGAAUACUUAAAAUAUUAAUAAUAAAAUGCUACUCAAUUCUAAUUUAAGCACUGACGAAGACAGUCGCAAAACAGCUUCAUUCAAAAACGAUAGCUAAACAAUGUAUCUUCUAACCAUAAAAAUACUGCCUAAAACACUGGACACAGUUGUAAAUAUAUUUAUGUAAGUAAAGGUACUUAUUAUAGUAUUGUACGUUGUUAUUAUUGCAUCAUAACUUCUGUACAAUAAUCACUCAUCAGGAUUUACCGUCAAACCAGGGGAGGAUUUUUUUUACCAUUGUUGUUCAUAGUUUCAUCAAACUUUAAUUAGGUAAAAAUAUUUUCUAGAGUUAGGGUCGCGUUCGUAAGUUAAAAGUAUGUAUCAGUAACAAAAGAAGCAGUGGUUGCAGCCGAGUUUUAAAGUUGCGGUCGGUUCAUAUCACAGCUUUAAACGAACAUAAUUUUUGUAAAAUAGUAACUACUAAUUUUAAAUACAAAACCAAUAAAAAAUAUAAUAC